UGUUAAGUAGAGUUGUCUCUGGUGUUAAGCAAAAUUACAACAUACUGUUCAAGUUGUGACAAAUUAAACUAACGAAGUUAGAAGUAAUACAGGGUAUACCGUAAUACAGUCAAAUUGGUCCUUCGAGCACAUCACAAUGGAGACUACAAAUGUUUUUGAAGAAAAAUUCAAGGAAAUUUUAAGUUCCGAAUUAAAGAAUGUUCUUCUCGAGAAUUCUGAAGAAGUUUUUAUUUCAGAACAACUUGAAAAUCCUUUCGAAAAACUAUGGGAGAGCCAAACUACACACAAUAUGAGCUGUUCUUACUGUCAAAUGGAUUUUCCAGAUGUUGGUGCCCAAAGAGAGCAUUUCAAGCUCGAUUGGCAUCGUUUCAACUUAAAACAGCAUUUGUCAGGUAAAAAUGCUAUCAGUGAACAUGAAUUCAAUGAAAGAAAUGGAAACGAUGAUAUAUCCAGCAUUUCUGGUUCUGAAUCUGAAAAAGAGGAUUCUUUGGAUACUUUUGCUACAGCUCAAGGGAAAAUGUUCCUGCAGAAUAAGAAUGGACAGAUAUUUUCCAUAUAUAAAUGUCUGAUUUUCAAUAAAAAGGAUGACGUCAAUGAAAAUAUUGCCUUGUCUAAACUAAGAAGCUGUUGUAUACAGAACCAGCAAUGGACUGUACUAAUGUUAGGAGGUGGUCACUUUGCUGGUGCUGUGUUCAAAGGUAGCAAACCUAUUGUACAUAAAACAUUCCACUGUUACACAGUUAGACAAGGACAAGGGGGUUCACAGUCCUCGAAAGACAACAAGUCUGGGGGUUCACAUCCAAAAAGCGCCGGUGCAUCUUUGAGAAGAUACAACGAACAAGCCUUGAUCCAACAUAUACAAGAUAUCGUAGAGCAGUGGAAAACUGAGAUUGGAGAGAGCAGUGUGAUAUUCUAUAGGGCCCCAGGUCCUUACAAUCGAUCCGUAUUAUUUGGUGGCCCCAAACCCAUUCUGGAUAGAUCAGAUAAUAGGCUUCGAACUAUACCGUUUUCCACCCGAAGAGCAACUUUUGCAGAAGUGCAGAGAGUACACCAAUUACUUAUUACGACCAAUCUGUAUGGUAAUUUGGAUAUGGCAGUGAAACAACUCGAUAAACAUAGGCUCCUGAACCGGGAAUCGAAAAGAAAUCGUAUCCGGGGCUCCCACAUCAACAGAGCCAAAUCCAGGGAAAAAACGGAAAGACCGCUUCCUACUAAACAUAGUUCAGAAACAAAUAGUUUAGCUGAUUCCAUUCCGGAUGAUGAUGAGGAGGAUAUUGAAGAAUUACCUCUGAAUACAGAGGAUAUUGAAAUCUCUUUCGAACAUCUGGAAGUUUUUGUAGAUAGUGAAAAAUCGGCGUUCAAACCUGGAAAAAAAAGAAAACCAAAAAAGAGUAAAGUAAAAAUCUUACAGGAGAAAGAAGACGAGAGAAAAUCGGAGUUGAUAAAUAUCUUAUGUACUGGUAACCUAAUCAGAUUGAAGGAACUACUAGAAAAUGUAGGAAAUGGCAUUGACAAUGAAUUGAAUAUUGUUAAUGAUUUAAAGAAUGAAUUUUUAAAUGAAGUGUUAGACGAAGACGGUAAUUCUUUGAUGCAUAUUGCUGCCAUGAAUGAACAUGUAGAUUUGGUUAGGUUUUUAUUGGAAAACAACUCUGAUCCUUGCCUCAAGAAUAAGAAACAUCAAACGCCUUACAGCAGUUCCUCUAGUACAGAGGUUCGUGAGGCUAUGAAAGAUUUCGCUAAGGAAAAUCCGGAAAAAUAUAAUUAUAACAAGGCACAAAUUCCUCUUAACAGUCUUACUCGAGAAGAAAUGGCAGAAAAAAAGAAACAACAAAGGAAAAUAAAGAGAGAGAAGGAAAAAUUGAAGAAGGAGGAGAACAAGAUCAAGAAAAUGGAGGAAACAGAGAAAGAGUGUUUUCUGAAACUCAGUGAUAGAGAAAAGAGAGCUUUAGCUGCAGAAAGACGAAUUUUAGGGCAAAAUGGUAAAGUUAUAUCUCGGUGCUUUGUAUGUGCUGCAGAUAUGGCAGGGAAAGUGCCAUUUGAAUACAUGAAUAACAGAUUUUGCAGUAUGGAUUGUCUGAAAUCUCAUAGGUUGAAAAAUUCACUUAUCUAGAUUUGGAAAUCAUUCAGUUUUUAAACAAUAAUUUGUAUAUAAAUGAAAAUGUACCUUAUUUAAAAGUAUACCGUUGUUAUUCGUCACAAUAUUGAAACAGUAUGAGAAAUAAAUGAAACUUGGGAGCGAAA